AUGUCUGACGACGAAAGUACGGCACCUCGGGUGGCUGUACAGGUCCCUGGGGCGGGGGCCAGUACCAGUGAGUCGUCCGUUAGCCACAUAAGUGUUAAGCCGCCGCCGUUUUAUCCGGAUAAGCCGACUAUGUGGUUCGCUCAGCUAGAUGGACAGUUUACGUUGACAAAGAUUACGAGCGACACUACCAAGUUUUAUCACGCCAUAUCCGUUUUGGAAUAUAAAUACGCGGUUGAAGUGGAGGACAUUAUAACCAACCCGCCGGCGAGUGAUAAAUAUGGUACGCUUAAGAGGGAACUUAUAGCUCGUUUGUCAAGUUCUAAGCAGGAGCGUUUAAAGCAGUUGAUGUCGAAAGAGGAGCUCGGUGACAGGAAGCCGAGCCAGUUUCUGCGGCAUAUCCGGAGCUUAGCGGGUGCAGAUUAUCCGGAUGAUUUUAUUCGCCAUUUGUGGAUGAGCCGAUUACCUACGGUGUUGCAGAGCAUAGUCGCUUACCAGGAUAAUUUGCCCUUGGAUACCGUGGCUCAGAUGGCGGACAAGGUGCAUGAAGUUACACCGCCCGGACCUGGUUAUCAGGUGGCUGCAGCAUCGUCGAUUAACCGUUGUCGGUUGCAAGUUUUUCAUAUGCUGACGCAAUCGCGAUAA